CUUCCCGACGAUGUGCUCUAAUGAGUUUGGCCGGGCCGCUAGGAUGGUCUAACUGUGUGAUGUAUUGUGUCAUUCAGGUUAUAGUAAUGAAAGGCAGCUCUAGGAAUAAAGAUCACCCCGCUGACGGAGAAGGGACGGCCAGGCGACCAAAGAGAAAGUGCCUGCAGUGGCAUCCGCUGCUCGCCAACAAAAUCCUGGACUUUUCCGAAGAAGACGAAGAGGAGGAGGAGGAAGAGGACAUCGAUAAGGUCCAGCUUCUUGAUGCUGAUGGCCUUGAACAUGAGGGUGAUGAAGCAGAAGACAGUGAAUCACCUGAACAGAGAGCUCGCCGACCGAUGAACGCUUUCCUGCUGUUCUGCAAGCGUCACCGUUCCCUUGUGCGUCAGGAGCAUCCACGACUGGAUAACCGCGGUGCUACAAAAAUAUUGGCAGAUUGGUGGGCCUAUCUGGAUCCUAUUGAGAAGCAGAAGUAUACAGACAUGGCAAAAGAGUACAAAGAUGCAUUUAUGAAAGCACACCCUGGUUAUAAAUGGUGCCCUACAACAAAUAAACCCGUAAACGCCCAAUCUCCUACUGUGACAACCAGGAAGAAACUUUGGGCUUUUCCUCCGGACUCAAUUAAAGAUAUUCCAGGUGUCAAGAAAGUGUCCAAAGACGAGGAAAUGCCACAGCUAAAUUUUGGUAUAGCAGAUCCAACACAAAUGGGAGGACUUAGCAUGUUGCUCCUAGCCGGGGAGCACGCCUUGACUGCACACAAGGAUCAAGCUACGACUGCACAAAUAGAAAUAACAGAAACAGAGGUAUCCUCAACCAUUGCACAAUCAACUGAUUCAGAUUCUUUACAGCCAAGUAAGACAUCUGCACUAUUUGAAUUUGCAGAGAUUUCUUCCAGUGCACCAAAUUUGGAGGUCUCGUCUCCUAAGCGAUGUGAUAAGUCUGCACUGUUCCAGUUUGCUGAGAUAUCAUCAAAUACGUUGCAGGUUAACAGUCCAGAUCCUCCGAAAUGUUGUGAAAAGCCACCCCUCACCCAUUUAGCAGAGAUUUCCUCAAGCUCAUCACAUUCCGAUUCAUCUACAUCAGCAAAGCAGUGUGGGACAUCAGCAUUGUUUCAGCUUGCAGAGAUGUGUGUGGCGUCAGAAGCAGUGAAAAUGGACAUUUCAGAAAAUAUCACUCCAGAGAAAUUGAAAGCAGGGGUAACAGAUGAAGGCAUGAUUUGCAGCAGCCUGAAGGAAUGCACUAAUGUCUCUCAAGAGGAAGGUUUUAGCAAUGUUAAAAUUAACAAACAUUACUCACCUUCCCCAGAGCAUUUGGACAUGCACUAUGAUGGACUUCUAAAACAAGAGAGAAUUAAAAAGAAAAAGAAGAAAAUCAAAACAGACAAUGAUGAGAAGGAGUCUCCAAAGAAGAGCUGUAAAAGGAGGCAGUCCUCAGAGUCAGAUAUUGAAAGUGUCAUGUACACAAUAGAGGCAGUUGCAAAGGGAGACUGGAGUGUUGAAACACCUUCAGUUUUACCAUGCAAAAAAGUAAGUUCAGCUGCUAGUCCAAAACAUAACUUAUCUGAAUUUAAGCCAACCAAGAAAAAAGUGAAAUCGAAAGAGAAGAAAGAAAAUGAUAAAGCUUUCGAGACUACCAAAGACUUGAUAAAACCAGAGCCCAUAAAUACAAUAUCUACCAUGGAAUCACCUACUGAAGUACCGGAAGAGAUAAAGGAAGAACCACUAUCUCCUGCAGAGGACAUACCUAUGUUAUGUAUGUCAGAAAUACUCAAAACUGAAGACUGUGACAUUAGCAAAAAAACUGAGGCCUGUGGGUCAAGGAAGUCGGAGAGGGCCGGUAAAGGAGCUCUCUACAAAACACUUGUAUCAGAAGGGAUGCUGGCAACUUUACGGGCCAAUGUUGACAGAGGUAAAAGAAACCCAGGAAAAGGUGGCUCAUCUGACCAUGAAGGUUGCUGGAAUGAUGACAACUGGUCCUUUAGCCAAAGUGGGAGUAGCGGAAAUAAGAAACUGAAGAAAGUUAAGCCAAAGGAGGAAGGACCUGUUGGUUUAGCAAAGCUGGAGGAGGAAUUUGAGAAGAAGUUUAAUAGCCUUCCUCAGUACAGCCCUGUAACAUUCGAUCGCAAAAAUGCUUUCCAGAGGAAAAAGAAAAAAACCAACAGUGGACAAACUGAGCAACAGAAAGGUGCUAUACAGUCUCAAAAGAAGUUAUUUCACAAAAUUGUUAGCAAAUACAAGCAAAAAAAAGAGAAGCAAAGCACGUCGGAUAAAGCCAUAGUAGAAGACAUAAACAACAGUGACAAUAACCCAAGGAGCAGUUCCAAUUCAGUUCCUCACAUUCCAGAACCUGCUGCAAGUCACGAACCCCUGGUUGGAAGUCAAAAGAGAAAAGCAAGAAAAACUAAAAUUACACAUCUUAUUAGGUCUUUGGAUUGUCAGUCUUCUUCCUCUGUUAAAAUUCAAGAUGGAAAGAUUCCCACAAAUAGCUGCAACAUGGAGGGAACUUGCCGAGCAGAACUGACAAUCACUGGAGAAGCUGGCAUUGCACAGAACUGCAGUAUUACCCAGGGCAUGCCAGCUGUGUCUGCUUUCUUUAGUCUAGCUGCUCUGGCCGAGGUAGCAGCCAUGGAAAACGUUCACAGGAGUCCUAGGUCCGCUCAUUCAAGAGAUGGCCAGAAGAAAGAAAUGUCCCAGUCAGCUGUGCUCAUCUCCUGUGCUGACCAAUAAAGCAUCACUUUAUGAUGAGACUUUUUCUCCAUAUUUAAGCCUUGAGCCUUACUUAGCAAGGCCGAAAUGAUCUAUACAAAUGGGCAGAAAUAAGUAUGGGACCCUGAUUUCACUUGAAGCCAGAAGCUGUCCGCUGGGGCUUUGCCCAAAAAGCUUGACUUUUUCUUGGUCUACUAAUGGAAAAAAAUGGUUUGAUACUCACGCCAGCUUUUUACUAAGGCUAACAUUGAGAUGAAGAGCAAAGGAGGCCAUGUGCAUAGUGUCUCCUUGUAGAAGCUGUAAGAAGCAGAGCGUGAUACUAGUUUCAUAUUAUAGUUAUCAAAAAAAA